AUGGAUAGCCUUUCUCCUGAUCGUCCAAUAAACUCGAUUCCAUAUCCUCGAACGCGUUUAUUAACUGAAGAUCAAUUAUUUGAUUCAUCUUCUUGUUUACCAUCUAUUCCACUUUUAAGAGAACAUUUGCAAGAAGAAGGUCAUCUUGACGAAAAAUGUGCCUUACGUCUUAUUGAACUUGCGCAACAAAUAUUCCAAGGUGAACCUAAUAUGUUACGUAUUAAACAACCCGUAACGAUUGUCGCUGAUAUUCACGGACAAUUUUAUGAUCUUUUAACAAUAUUAGCAGCUGGUGGUAAUCCAGCUGAAACACGUUACUUAUUCUUAGGUGAUUAUGUUGAUCGAGGACUAUUUGCAUGUGAAUGUGUAUUUUUAUUGUUUGCACUCAAAAUUAAUUAUCCACAAAACUUUAAUUUACUUCGAGGAAAUCAUGAAACUCGUCAAAUGACAAAAGCCUUUCAAUUUAAGAUGGAAUGUGAGAAAAAAUAUGGUUCACGGACAUUGUACAAGGCUUUUAUGCAAGCUUUCGAUACAUUACCAGUAUGUGCACUGAUUGAUUCAAAUUUUCUAUGUAUGCAUGGCGGUUUAUCACCUGAUAUUCGUACUUUAUCGGAUAUUGAAAAUCUUGAUCGUUUUAUUGAAACUCCUCAUUCAGGUCCAUUAUGUGAUUUACUUUGGUCUGAUCCAAGUGAAAAUUUUGAUGAUGAUAAUAAUCAACAAUCUGAGUUCAAACCAAAUACCACUCGUCACUGUGCAUAUUUUUUUUCCUAUAAUACUUGUAAAGAUUUUUUACGGCGAAAUAAUCUUUUAUCGAUUAUACGUGGACAUGAAGUACAAAAAAAUGGUAUACGAUUUUUCCGCAAAUCAUCUCGUACUAAUUUUCCUGUACUUAUUUCACUAUUUUCGGCACCAAAUUAUUGUGAUACAUAUAAUAAUAUUGCAGCUAUACUUAAAGUUGGUGAUAGUCAACAAUUAUCUGUUGUCAAUAUCGAAGCACAUGCUCAUCCAUUUGUCUUGCAGCAUUUUGAAAAUGGAUUUCAAUUUGGUGAACGAUUCAUUCUUUAUUAUGCUACUAAUCUUCUUCUGUCUAUUUUUAAUAUGUAUUCACCUGAAGAAUUAGCUGCUGAAGAUGGUCGAAAAGAUAAAACAGGUGUGGAAUUAUUGAAAAAAAAACGAUUAAUUGAAACAAUGGAUGAAGCUUAUGCUGAAUUGAAAAAAAUAAAUAAGAUAACACUUAAUUUACGUGGUCUUACACCAUCUUAUAAUGCUUGUAAGGAAUUAUUGGCUAAACCAGAAAUUCAAACAUUAAUCAAUGAAGCUGAACAAGGACGAAUUAAGAAUUACGAUCAAGCUAUUAAAUUAGAUCAAAUAUUUGAACGACGACCAAGUACCUGA